UUGGAGCAGCUGGUUUGACAAUAAUGCCGCUGCUACAGUUGUGUUUGAGCAAAGGUGAUGCCAACAUCCGCUGAGGGAGAGCCAGAGCGCAGACAAUGAGGGGCUGUUAGAGGAAGGAAAAGCGGUAUUUCUCACUUCCACCUUAUUUUUUCUAUAGCAGGAAAAAACAGCGCAGAGGAUCCAGCCAGUGCGCGCUGAUUGUAGUGUUCAAAACAAGGCGGGGCUGACGCCGCCGUCUGAUUUUGGACAAACCACAAGUAGGUUAGCGCAGACACUAAGAGGGGAGAGUGCUGCUGCUACCCCCCGCCGCUGCUUUUGUUGUUUUUUAUGACAUCUGAAAGUCAAGCAUGAAUUCAGCCGAACAGACGGUAACGUGGCUCAUAACGCUCGGAGUCCUGGAGUCUCCCAAGAAAAGCAUCUCGGAUCCAGAGGCUUUCCUCCAGGCGUCCCUGCAGGAUGGAGCGGUGCUGUGCAGGCUGCUGGAGCGACUCAGACCCGGGACGGUGGACAAAUUUUUCCAGGAGCCGAGGGGCGACAGCGAGUGUCAGAGGAACAUAACCGAGUUUGUUAAAGGCUGCGGGGCUUUCGGUGUGGAGCCUUUCGAGGUCAAUGACCUGCUGCAGGGACUGAACUUCUCUAAGGUGCUAAACUCCUUGGUUGCCCUCAACAAAGCUACUGAAGAUUUGAGUGUUUCUGGGGACACCGUAUGUGUGGCACACUCCUCAACCUCAAGGAUCAAGUCCUUUGACUCUCUGAACACUCAGAGUCGCUCCUUGAAACUGCUGCAGCCUCAGUACCGCAGCCUGGACAUGUCAGAGGGCAGUGGGUGUGGCCAGCUGUUGGUCAGGGCACGCUUCCCCUUCCAGCAGACCAAUGAGGACGAACUGUCUUUCUCCAAGGGUGACCUCAUUAUUGUGACCAGGCAGGAGGAGGGGGGCUGGUGGGAAGGCACGCUGAAGGACAAGACUGGGUGGUUCCCCAGUAACUAUGUACGGGAGCUGAAAGGAAAUGACAAAACGUUAGACAAGCCAAAGUCUGGGACGCUCAAAAGUCCGCCCAAAGGCUUUGAUACCACUAUCAUCAACAAGACCUAUUACAAUGUGGUCCUACAGAACAUCCUGGAAGCAGAGACUGAAUAUUCAAGGGAGUUACAGAGUCUCUUGGGUUCAUACCUUCGCCCACUUCAUCCCACAGACAGACUCAGCAGUGUUGACAUCGGUCACAUUCAGGCAAACCUGGAAGACAUUUCAACCUUUCAGCAAAUGCUGGUUCAGUCUUUGGAAGAGCACACCAAACUUCCUGAGAGCCAGCAGAGGAUUGGAGGGUUCUUCCUGGGCCUGAUCCCCCAGAUGAAGAAAAUCUAUUUGACCUACUGCUCUAAUCACCCUUCUGCUGUCAAUGUACUGACACAACACAGUGAGGAGCUGAAAGAGUACAUGGAGUCAAAAGGAGCACCCCCCCCUGGGAUCUUGGCACUGACCACUAGCCUAAGUAAACCCUUCAUCAGACUGGAUAGAUACCCAACCCUGCUGAAAGAACUGGACAGACAUAUGGAAGACCAACACCCUGACAGAGCUGAUCUACAGGCUUCUAUGACAGCCUUUAAAAGCCUCUCUGCUCAGUGUAAGGAAGUCAGGAAGAAGAAGGAACUGGUGUUGCAGAUUUUAACAGAGCCGAUCAGAAACUGGGAGGGAGAUGAUAUCCGAACUCUUGGCCCUGUCCUUCACAUGUCCCAGGCCGCAGUUCACUCACAGAACUGUCCGGAGUCAAAUGAAUGCUACCUCCUUCUCUUCCAUCACACUCUGCUCAUGGUCUCUGCCAGCCUGAGAAUGAGUGGAUUCAUCUAUCAGGGGAGGAUACCAUUAUCAGGAAUGCUUAUUUCCAGGAUAGAGGAUGGAGAAAACUUGAAGAAUGCUUUUGAAAUAUCUGGCAGCCAGGGUGAGCGCAUCCAGGUAGCAUGUAACAGUCAGCACGAUCUGCAGGAAUGGCUGGACCUUCUCACUAAACACACCCACGCUCCGGCUGCAUCCACACACAAGACUCUGUCUGUCUGUCACACACUGCCCUCUCACCCUGUCACUCCCUCUAGAAACUCGGAGUCUCGUGGAGGGAGCAGUGUGAGCACUUACCACACCCUUCCCCAUGUCUCCUUGCAUGGAAUGGGAAUCAGCAGCCCUAUGUGGGGACCCCUAGAGCCACCGAGUACCCCCAAACCCUGGAGCUUAAGCUGCCUUCGCCCUGCUCCUCCACUCCGGCCCUCUGCUGCUCUCUGCUACAAGGAGGACAUGAGUAAGAGUCCUAAGAAUGUGAAGAAGCUCCUCCCGAAGAGGAAGCCAGAGAGGAAACCAUCAGAAGAGGACUUCACUGUCAGAAAAAGUACAGCAGCUCUAGAGGAGGAUGCUCAGAUACUCAAAGUCAUUGAAGCUUAUUGUACCAGUGCCAAGACACGACAGACUCUUAACUCCACCUGGCAAGGAACUGACCUCAUGCACAACCACGUACUCGCUGACAACAGCCUCACAGUGGCUGGCUUGCCUGGCAACCCUCCGUGUUCUGACCAAUCAGAGGACUCGGAUUAUGACAGUAUCUGGACUGCCCAUAGUUACAGGACUGCCUCAUUUUCUCGUUCCAGUAGGAAGGACGUCCAGGUGUUGUUCCCAGAAGAGGAGAAGAUUAUAGUGGAGGAAACAAGGAGCAAUGGACAGACUGUAGUAGAGGAGAGGAGUCUGGUGGACACUGUGUACAGCCUCAGAGACGAAGUCCAGGAACUCAAACAGGACAACAAGAGGAUGAAGAGGACGCUAGAAGAGGAACAGCGGGCAAGGAAAGAGCUGGAGAGGAUUGUGAGGAGAGUUCUGAAGAACAUGAACGACCCGACCUGGGACGAAACAAACCUCUGAGAUUUGUGUCAGACACUGAAGGAUGAGAUUAGUUCCUGACUUUUUAAUGACUUGGAAAUCAUUGAACCUGUGUGGACAACAAGCUGCUUAUAGUUAAUUCAUGCAUUAUUAAUGCAGCAUGUCUCCAUUUCCACUAGCUUUGACCUUCACAGUGACCUGUGUGCCAAACUGUGGACCAAUGUAAAACACCUGCCAGCUGUUGGCAAAGCUGUCCCAACUGACCUUAAAGCUGUGAAGCCAUACUAGCCUGCAGGCGAGCUGAUUAGCCAUCUUUGAAACACUGACACGAGAAUCAAGACUUUUUUUUUUCCUGUACUUGUGUACUUCUCUCUCAUUCCUUUUUAGUGCAACAUUUCACAAUUGCUAGGAAAGUGUUUUACUGACUGGCCUUGGGCAUGAACACUAGCUCUACAUGGGCGUAUAUAUUUCACAGAUAUUUGAGCUGUGUGGACGAAACUCCUCCUUGAAACUUGAAUUUUAUUCCCACACUCCACAUUUUAUUUCUCAUUUUCUGAUUUUAAUAUAAUCACUUUGGUUCACUGAUUUCUGAACUUAAAAAAAACUACAAACUUUUUAAAUGCAAUCUAAGUCUACCAGCACUUAUAAGAGACCUCACAGGUUUUACGGGAUUAAAUUGCAUUUUUAGUGUUGUGUUAAUACAAAAAUGAUCCAUAUAAGUGCAUAGCCUUACUGAUAUUUGCUUGGACCUACUGUGUCAGUUUAUCCACCUCUGGGUUUAGACAAUUGUGCUUAAACUUGUCAAAUAAUAAACAAGAAAUCAUAGAAAAGGGUAGUUGCUGAAAAUAAAUCAACAGUAGUUAAUGUCAAAAGGUUUCUCAGGAAUUAAGAUGACCAUCAGGGAGUUCCAGAUUCACAUCCAUUUCAAAUUUCACAUCCAAAGCAAUAUCU